AGAAGAUGCAUUAGCAGAGACAGCGAUUGCGCUCCUUGUGAAAGAUUUGCCUAGUGCUGUCCAUAUUCUUGGUCAGGAUCUUCUUCAAUUUCAAACUCGAUUUAAGAAGAUAAAAAAGAUCUUACUAUCAUGCGGGCCUUCCUCACUGACACAGACAAGCUUAAAGGGACGUUGAAAACACUUGAGGUAACCUCGGAUGAGCUAAGGGAACUAAUUUAUGAAGCUGAUGACCUGGUGAUGGAUUGUCGAAUUCGAGCAGAGUAUCCGAAGAGCAAAGGGAGUUUUUCAUGCUGUCAUCUAUCUUCUCGUGAACUAUUCUUCCGCUAUCAAACAGGAAAGAAGUUGAUCAAUAUUAGCAAGCAAUUUGAGCAAAUGCAACCGACUUUGAAGGUAUAUCUUGAGGCAGCUGCACGAUUCAACAGUGAAGGCAGCAGGGGCGAAAUGCGGAGGAGUUCACAAGUUUUCAAACAAUCAGAAAUAGUUGGGUUAACAGAAGAUGCUAAAAGAAUAAAAGGGUGGAUUCUCCCUCGCAAUAAGGAAUUACAUUACAUUGGUAUUGUGGGGAUGGGGGGCUUGGGCAAAACUACCAUUGCUCAAAAGAUCUUUAAUGAUAAAGAGGUAAAAGCUCGAUUUCAAGAGAGAAUUUGGGUGCCCGUAUCUGAAAAUGCCAAUGUGUAUGAAAUACUGAAGAGUAUCUUGAAACAGUUAAGAGCAGAUGAUCAAGCCACCAGUGACUUGCCGCACAAAAUAUGCCAGGUGCUUUCGGAUAAAACUUAUCUAAUUGUCUUGGAUGAUGUAUGGAAUAUCAAAAAUGGUUGGUGGGAAACAAUCUCAAUUGGACUUCCAAGUACAGAGGAGCACAGCGGUUGCAUCAUAAUCACAUCAAGGAUUGUGGAUGUCGUGAAAGACAUGGGAGUGAUGGAAACACGAGUUCAUCAACCAAAGCUUCUUGAUGAAGAAGAGGGUUGGUCAUUAUUGUGUAAAGUUGCCUUCAAGUCAAAGAAACAAGGAAGUACGAACUCCAACUUGGAAAAAAUAGGAAAGGAGAUUGUGACAAAGUGCGGCGGCCUUCCGUUAGCAAUCAAGGCCAUAGGAGGUUCGCUAUCCUCAAAGAAUUCUUCAAUUCCUGAGUGGGAUCGGAUUUGUAAAACUUUUCGUGCAAAAAUAGCAACGAAAAUAAUAAUUCUGUUAUGGCUUCUUUGCAGCUAAGCUAUGAUGAGCUUCCUACUCAUUUAAAGCAUUGUAUACUGUGCUUCUCAAUAUACCCAGAGGACCACGAAAUAAGCACUGAGCAGCUGGUUCGCUGGUGGGUGGGGGAAGGCUUUGUCUACGAGGAAGACACAGAAACUGCAAGAGAUAUGGCUGACUGUUACCUGGCCGAAUUGAUCAGCAGAUGCUUAGUUGAAGUUAUUCAACGAAGGAGUUAUGAUGGAAGAAUCUAUAGUUGCAAAAUGCAUGACAUGGUUCGGGAUUUGAUGAUUAAAAUUGCAAGGGAAGAGACAUUCAGCAGUUUUGACAGAGGUAAUAAGCAUAUACCCGCCAUUGAUACUCGCCGGUUAGGUGCCACAAGUGAAAUGAAUCUCCAUCUCCUUCAGGGAAACUCAAAGAUAAGAGCAUUAUUAUGUAUGGAGAGUUGUUUGAUUCACUUAAAUAGGAGUAGUGGGUUGGCCAUGGUAAAGUCUCUGAGGGUUUUGGACCUCUCGCAUAUUAAGCUGAACAAAAAUACGACUAUGAGGGAUCUAUGGCAUUGGAUCACUUUCCAGAAACGCCUAGCUUACUUAAAGCUUUGCAAUGUUGCAAAUUUGGUUGAACUGCCAGACUCGAUUGAAAAGCUAUGGGGCCUCCAGAUUUUGAUCCUUGGCGAAUGCAAGAAGCUAAACAAGUUAUCUGCAUUGAUAACAACUCUUCCAAAAUUAACGGUUUUGGAUGUGGGGAAUUGUUCAUUACUCAAGUGCUUGCCCCAGGGACUUUCAAGACUUUCCAAUCUUCAAGAGCUGUAUGGUUUUAAAAUAGCCAGUCAGACGGAUGCAGAAGGUUGUCCUCUUGAUGAGCUUAGGGGUCUAUCACACCUUCGGGUGCUGCGAAUUGAGAUAGAGGCAGAAAGCAUAAUUCUGGAUAAGGAAGUGACAGCCUUAGCACAACUUCAAAAACUUAGAGUGUUAUCAAUCAAUGCUGGGGAUUGUGUUGACAAGAAUAUCCUAGAAAAGCUUGAGAAGCUUUCCCCUCCGACAUGUCUUGAAGAGCUGUAUUUGGGGCAUUACUUUGGAAACAAUACACCACAAUGGAUAAACCCCAUUUCACUCCCACAACUGCAAUAUCUUUGUAUCGAAGACUCGAGGGUCCUGGAGGACACACACACGGACUUCUGGGGCAACAAAGAUAACAGGUGGAAAGUAAAAGGGUUAUGUUUGAAGUUUUUGCCAAGACUGAAGAUCGAAUGGGCAACAGUGCUGAGUGCGAUGUCUGAACUGAAUUUCUUGGAGGUCAGUCACUGUAACUCAUUGCAAUCAUUCCGUUGUGAUGUCAGGGCUCUAGGAUAUUGGAGGAAAGGGGAGGAAGAGGAAGAUAUCAAAAAGGAAGAGACCAAAGAGGAAGAGAUCAAAAAGGAAGAGAAAGAGGAAGACAAAGAUAUCAUAAAGGAAGAGACUGAAGAGGAAGAGAUCAAAAAGGAAGAGGAAG